AUGGCCGCCGCCGCUGCCCCCUCAUCCUCACCGGGCCCGGCCGCGCCGCCGUUCGCGGCUCCCGGCGCGUUCCUGGCAGAGCCCGUCAGCAGCCUGGCCGCGGCCUACGGGAGCAGCUGGGCCUCGCACGUGGAGGGCAGCCUGUGCCGCUGGCUCCCCGCCGGCACUCUCAAGUAUUACUUUGCGGUGGACACGGCGUACGUGGGCAGGAAACUGAGGCUGCUGCUCUUCCCCUUCGGACACCCGGGGACUGCCAUGGCCUUCCUCACCUACAUCCUGCUGGCCGGGCUGGCCCUGGGCACCCAGAACAGGUUUUCCCCGGACAGGCUGGGGCUGGCAGCGAGCUCGGCUCUGGCCUGGCUGCUGCUGGAGGUUCUCACCGAGCUCCUGGCGCUGCAUUUGGCUCCCGGCGCGUCCCAGCUGGGCCCGGCCAACGUCGUGGCGCUCGCCGGCUACAAAUACGUGGGGAUGAUCGCGGGGCUGCUGUCGGGGCUGCUCCUGGGCUCUGCCGGGUACCACGCCGCCCUGGGCUGGAGCUGCCUCAGCAUCUUCGUCUUCAUGAUCCGGACGCUGAGGCUGAAGCUGCUGGCGGAGCCGGCGGCCGAGGCUCGGAGCCAGCUGCGCCUGUACCUGACCGUGGCCAUCGCCGCCGCCCAGCCCCUGCUCAUGUACGGCCUCACCUUCCACCUGCUGCGCUGACAGCCCCCAGAUCCCGGGAAAAAA